AUGGCAGCGUCAUAUCUGCCUUAUGGCGCUACGCCUGCUUUGCCCCUGCCCGAGCUGGCGGGACAGGGCUGCUAUGGACGCACAGCAGAAGAUCUCGUGCAGGCGUAUGGUGGAGUGCCGAUGGUGAUGGACCAGAUGAGGGAGGCGAUUCUCGGGGAGUGCUCGAAGGUGGAGGGGAUUUUCCGCGGGACACCUGGAGCUAUGCUGCGCCCACCUCUUAUCGCUAUGCUUGAUCUGCCCCCUCAAUCGCAGCCAACCUUCCCUUGGAGCGAUAUCGCCCGGUACGACCCCUUUUUACCGCCAAAGCUGCUCAUGCGGAUCGUAUCCUCCUCUCCCGCACCAUAUAUCCCAUCUGACAUCUACCCUGUCAUCCGCGGAAUCCGCGCAUCAUCAGACAUCCCAAUACAUCUCUUCCCCGCCCUUUCCCCAGCCCGCCUGGUCAUCCUCUCUCCCAUCAUACAUACGCUACACCUGCUGUCUGUCUCGCACGAGCAGACAACACGUAUGACCGCGCUCAACUACGCCAUCUGCUUCGCGCCGGACCUGAUCAGAGGCGAAGACCCUAUUGAAGAUCUGGAGAUCUGUCUUGUCCCGGGCAAAAGGCUACCACCUGCUCUUUCGGCACAGAGGAAGGGAACGGGAGGUGAUGAAGAGGAUAGCUCGCUGGUAGGGGUUCUGGAGAUGUGGAUAAGGGACUAUGCGCAGAUAGAGCGAGCGACUAGCAGAGAUGGAUGA